CGUAUCUACACUCACUUCCGAAAGUGCAAGAAGCAACGCACACAGUCACGUGCUUCUAGUCGUCAUCGACAUCGAUGCACAGCGGUGUGCCGUCAUCGGUCCUGAGCGGCCGGAAGAAGUCCUCGUUGAAGGCCUCCGCCUGACGCCGCGUCUGGACUAUCAACACCCGCUGCUGACCACCCACACCCACACCCACACCCACACCCCUCCCUCUGUUUGCCCUUCGCUGGUGCCUCCCUCCCCCUUCCACAGCCGAUGCCUCUCCACCACCAGGAUCACCGUGGUUGUCAGGGGCCUGAUCGGCAGCAGCAGCAGCAGCAGCAGCAGACGGCAGGGACCCCUCGUUGUGCCGCUGAUCAUCGUCUGCCUUCUUGUGUCGCUUGGGGGAGGGGGCGGGCGGGUCGCCUUCGUCUUCGGGGGCCUCGCCGCGCUGCUCUUCCUCCGCCAUCUCCCCCUCCGCCUCCGCCUCCAUCCGCUCGUCAGCGGCGCAUGGCUGGUCUGAAGGAAUGGGGGCCUCGGGCUGCUUCUUGAAGCGGUCGAAAAAGUUGUUGAUGCGGCCUGAAGGAUGUCCAGACACGUGCACAUGGUGGGAGAAGCGUGACGCCUCUUGUGUUAACUUACCAUUUGGCUUGCGCCUUGACCCGUGUUUCUUGACUAUCUGUUGCGCCUCGUCCUUGGCAGCCACGCUGCGCUUCACCUUGCCCAACUUCGACCUGGCCAACCAGCAGCCGAUGAGACGGCAGAUGAGUGCCGUGCAGAAAGCCCGUGUGCUUGUGCUUGUGCGUGCAAGAAAAGGCGCGUACAUGGCGGCUUUGGUGGCCUCUUUGUGGUCUACGAUGGGCGAGGGGUAGUCGCUGUCGAUCACGCAGCCACACUGCACCACAUGCACCAGCCCGCCACACCGCUUUGCGUGCACGCGGCUCUCUCUGUGUGUGUACCUGCUCCUGGACGACCUUGGGCAUCUUCCAUGGCUCAUAGAUGUGCCGCUGCGGCACAUUGGCGAGCUCCGGCACAUACUUGCGCACCUAUAGGCAGAGCAAGACACACACACACAUGGCCGUGCAUCCCCCCGUCCACCCAUCGCAGUGCAUUCGUCGAGGAGGCCUUACGAAAGUGCCGUCCUUGUCAUGGUCCUGCGCCUGCUUGACGGGCGAGUACACGCGAAACGUGUUGAUGCCCGUGGUGCCGCUGCACAUGCAUGCACAAGAAAACAACACACGUCACACGUCACACAGAGGGAUGCACCGUGUGACAGAGGUCCUUGCCCACCUCUGCAUCUGGAACUGUGAGUAGUGGAUGCCCGGCUCGAAGUCGAGGAACAGCCUGGCCAGAAACACCGCCGGCCGCCGCCAGUGCAGGAACAGAUCGUAGGCCGCGAAGGACACCAACAUGGCGCGCAUCCUGACCAUUCAACGCAACAGAGAGGGAGAGGGAGGUGGCAUUGGUGUGUCGGUGUGGGUGUGGAUGUGGACCUGAAGUUGAUCCAGCCGCCUUGGUGCAGGCACCUCAUGCAGGCGUCCACCAUGGGGUAGCCCGUCCGCCCCUCGCACCAGGCGGCGAAGCUGGCCUCGUCAAACUCCCCCUCACGCACACCGUCAUACGCUCGACACAUGUUGCCUGCCGGAUGAGACACAGAGCACCACAAGUCGUUCCCGUAUGUGUGUGGCAUAUGUGUGGUCGCCUCACUGUGUUCGAUUUCUGGCUCGUCCUCCAUCUUCUGAAUGAAGUGCGAACGCCACUGUCGCAGACACCGACACAGACACACACACACACACAAGGAGAGACCCAGGAAAGGUGACGACUCACGUGUGACUGGGCUUGUCAGUGGUGCACGUACGUGGAGGCGCUGCCUGAAGGCCGACAGCGAUGACCCCCAACGGCUGUCGAACGGGUCAACAUCCGGCCCGCUGCAUGAUGAGCCCCCUCCUCCUCCCUCUGAUGCUGCUGACGAUGCCGGUGCUGCUGCUGCGAAGGGUGGAGCGACCUUCUUGCCGUCUUUCUUGCUGUCCGCUGCCCGGCGGGCCUUGACCUGGUGAAUGAAUGUAUGAAUCGAUCAAGCCAACAUGAGGGCAGAGCGUGGAUUCUUGUGCGUGCGUGUAUGUCUGGCUUACUGCAUCUAUGCGCUUCUUGGUACGGGAGAGGACGGUCCGCAGCGAUAUGCAGCCCCACGUCAGGUAGGGGCUCAGCCUACCCACCCAAAGAGAGAGAGGCAUGCUUCGUGUCCGCUGAUCAGCCAGCAGUCAAGACAUCCAUGUGUGUGUCUGUUCUCACCGAGAGCAUCCGUCCCAUCCCGUCACAGGUGAGCUAAGGUCUUUCGCGUAGUUGACGCCGCGACGAAACAGAAAACUCUCUGCACAAACCAGCCAGGCACCACGUCAGCGUGUGUGGGUAAAUCUAUACGUCCCGACAUCCCUACCCAGCUCGGCGAGUGCGAGGGUCUCUCCGCCAACUUUCUUCUCAGUGAAAGUGCACUCAGGAAGGCCCAGGUCACUGAGGGAGGGGAACACACCCGUGGGCUGCCAUUGGGGGUCAUCGAUCUCCACAGCCGAGAGGCGGGCGGGCGGGGGGACUGGUGGAGCUGACCAACAGACACAAACGCGUGGACGUGGAAAACGAUGUGCCAUCGCAGCUCUACCGUUCAUGUGUUUGUCGAAGAGCUUCUUGCGAUCGUCGCGGCUACUCAGGUCGGGAAUCACUCCAGUCUGGACACAGCAGAUGAUGCACAUUUGCUGACGUGCGCCCUUUCUGAUUCGGUACGUGCCGUUGGUGGGCUGACCUGCUGGAACUCGUGCCAUCUGAUGUUAUUGCGUCCACACCACUCCCUCACUGCCGUGUUGCGAGCCCGUUGUGUCGCCACCGGGGUCUCAUGGUGCGACAAAAGCCGGAAUCUUCCCACCUUCGCCAGCACCUCCCCCAGCACGUCAGUGGCUUUGCCCACUCGAGUGUGCACACCCACACCGUACUGCUGCAUGAGGCGCCCGUGGAGGUCCUGCAGACUCUUGUUGAUAAAGAGCAGAUGGGCGGGGUGGAACUCCUCAGCUUCAAUCACCUGGCAGACACGCACAGUGGAUGUGUCAGAUCAUUAUACUCCUUGAGUGCAUCAGUGUUAAUGAUAAUCAAGCCAUCAAGAAGCAUCUUCUCUCUGACGUGCGCUAUCGCAUGAGCCACUUCAUGCAGGUCACUCGACGAGCGAGCGAGUGCCAGGCUUAUGGUCAUGCAGAUCACAUGCUCUCCCUCCCUGAUGAUAUGAUCUCACCUCGGGCUCAUAGACGUACAGCACCAACACUCUGUGGUUGCUCAGACCAGCAUGGUGAAGCGGCAGGUGGUCCGCCAACCUGACAGCACACAACACACCUCGGAUGAUGAUGAUGCGUCGCCAUCUGGUUGGUUGUGUGUUGUGAUGUCCUUCUUCACCUGAAGUCCCGUUUGAGCCAGAUCACAUCCUGCGUCACGUCGUUGGACGCACCGCUGGCCAUCUUCCCUCAAG